UGAUAAACCGCACAUUGUUGCUGUACAGUAUUAAUUCGCUUCUUGAAACCACAAAUUAGUCUGUGUGUUGUGCAUGAAAGUCUGGAUAGGCGACCGUGAAGUGCCUGGAUGAGGAGCAGGUGUCGCACCGAACAGAUGUCCUGCUGUCACACUGAUGGGGGCCGACGGCAGUAAAAACAGGAAGAGGCACGCUGAAGUGCAGGAGGAUGAGGAUUUCUCAUCUGGAUGGCGUGGCUUCCUAUCCAGCAUGGGUCUGUCUAUCCCAGCAGGCCUGUGUCGCCUGGCCCCACCUGCCCUGCGUCUGGGCCAGCGUCGAAUGCUCCAAGGCAAAGCCCCCGACAUCCCAGAGCACGUCCUGAGGUUGGCGGGAGUUGGCCCAGACAAGCUGAGAGCAGAAUGGAGCCUGCCGGGUUUCAUUACCAUGUUCCUGCCCGAAUUCCCCCACAAAAGUGUGCCUGGGCACGAACACUUUCAGGUGUUGAGUUACAUCGCCAAAGGUUCAUUUGGACCCAUUCUAAAAGUUAAGGACAAGACCAAACAGAAAACAUAUGCUGUCAAAGUUAUACCUAAAUCCGAGAUUCUAAGACUCGGGGUCUUGGAGCAGUCAAAAGAAGAAGUUAUAGUCCAGCGUCAGGUUCGCCAUCCAUUUGUCCAUGACCUCCAGGACUGCUGGCAGACUCAGCGCCACCUCUACAUUAUGUGUGACUACUGCAGCACAGGAGACCUGUAUACCUACUGGCAGAUGAUUGGCUGCUUCACGGAGGACACAGUACGAGUGUUUGCAGCAGAGUUGGGAUGUGCACUUGGCUUUCUCCAUGACUUUGGGAUCAUCCACAGAGACGUGAAGAUGGAGAAUAUCCUGCUUACAGACAAUGGACACCUCCGCUUAGCUGACUUUGGUUUGUCCCGUCGCCUGGAGAGAGGAGGAAGAGCGUUUACCAUUUGUGGAACCAUCCAAUAUAUGGCCCCAGAGGUGCUGAGUGGCGGACCCUACAACCAUGCAGCUGAUUGGUGGUCGCUGGGAAUUCUGCUUUUCUCAUUGGUUACUGGGAAGUUCCCCGUGCCUCCAGAACCAGACCACUGCAGUAUGCUGAGGAAAGUGAGGACUUUUCCCUAUGAAAUUCCCCUCAGCUUCAGCCCCCCACUGGCCUUGUUAAUAACCGAGCUUUUGUGCAAGACCCCCUCCCGCCGCUUGAAGACCCUUGAGCGUUUCAAACGCCAAACCUUCUUCCAUGGGACAACAUUUGACCUCGCCCUACUUCAGCGCCACCCUGUGGAGGUGAUUCUGGAGCUGAGAGAGAGACCGGACCGAGCCGCCAAAGCUCGACGAGGCCUCACUUUGUCCUUGCAGCCUCUCAAAGGUUUCGACUACGACUCGUUCCUCAGCCCUCCCGCCACACCGGACACACAGCUGGACACCAGCACACAAACUCACACAGCUGCACCGCUCCCUGGCCCGACAAGCCCACUGCAGCCUGCUCAGGAAAAAGGCCCACGCAGAGAAGUGUUUGUGUGACAGGACUUUGAGUUACAGUAUGGUUACUUACACACUUAAGGUAAAGGCCUACAUGUAUGUAUUUCUGCACAGUUAUUCACCCUCAGGUGUGGUGCGCCUUCUAAAAUGUCUUAUGUUGUAAAAGCCACAAUAGCUACAUAUGAUUUAAUAGGAUUUUUAGUUUGGAAGAAAAUGAUUCAUUUGAGUAAAAAACACCACUUUCCUACUUGUGUUGAGUUUUAUGGAGGAUUUUUGUCAUAUUACUGGACACUAUUUGUUCCUUUUUCUACUUGUUUGCCUUUUUCCAAUGAGCACUUUUUUAAGUCGACAGCAUUUGCUCAACAGUUGUGCAAGAAAGAUUGCACUUUUGUCUAUAUAUUUUCAAUCUUUCAGUGACUGGUCAUGGUUGCCCUGUUAACACAUAAUGUUUGACUGCUAUCAGAUUCACCCUAUAUGGAAAAGUCAUGCUGAUUGAAGACAAUGCACCAAAAUCCUUUUUUUUUUUUUUCAACCAGACCCCUUCAACAAAAUCAGUGUAUUUCUGAGCUUCUGCCUUUGUUUUCAAGUUGCAUGAUUAUUUUGGCAGAAUUGGUUGAAAAAAACUCUUUCUGAGUCGUCAUGCUGUGAUCUUUACUAUAAAACCUACUCUGUACCUUUAUCAAUGCUGUGAUAUAACCUUUCCCAAAGUUGACCUUUACUGCCUAAAUUCUCUAGCAGCAGAAUCGUCUCUCCUCCUAUACUAUGUAAAAGUCGUGCAAGCGUCACAACAUCAGAUUAAGACAUGUUCACCUUCGAUGUUUGCUUUAGUUUGACUCAUUUAUAACCUGCGACUCAGGGGAGCACUCUGGUUUUUCCAAGUCAGCCUUGAUUUUGACUCUGAGAUGGCACCCAGCUGUCCAUAUCUGAGCUGGGACUGUAAGGGUUGAAUGACCAACAGUACUGUUUACUUCCAGUUAACAUUUUGAUAGAUACAGGGCUUUUUCUAUUGUCCAAGGCUGCCAUAACCCUAGCCACUAAUCGCACCAUCAUGCAUCUACCUGAUCAUUAAAUUAUAUUGUUGAUGUGUACCCAGAAUGCCUCACAUGUGUGAUCCUGAGCUUGAUUUUUUUUCUUCUUCACAAAAUUGCUUAUUUAUGAAUUCCUCUUUAUAAAGUUUAUAUGAAAAUUUUGGAUGCUAUUUGAUGUUAUAUGUUAUGUUACAAUGUAUUUUUGUAAUUACGGUAUAGCACAGUUGGAAUAAUAAACUCUUACUACACAGCGA